UCACCUUUUAAUAAAUAAAUAAAUAAAAAACAUAUUGGAACUAGUUGACCAAAUUAGCAUGGUGCUGUCUCAAACUGGAGUGGUUCUUUUGAAGAAUCUCUCUCUUUCUGAGCAUAGCAGGUUCACCUGAUCACUUAAUUUCUUCAUUUAUAUACCAAUUUUUUCAUCUCAUUUUCUAAAAACAUUAAUUUUCUUUUCUUUUUUUAGCAAAAAACAUCAUUUUUCCUGUCAAAACUCAAACACUGAACUUCUUAGAGAGAGAAAAACAUGUUUUUUUUUCUUUAUGUUAUGAUGUUGAAACUGUUUAGGCUUUAGUACAAAAUGAAAACCCUUUUCUUAAAGGUUCAAUCUUUUCACAACCCAUGUUAAUGUUGAUUCAAAGUUCAACAAUUUAGCAUAAAGGGUUAAAGGAUUGAUAGAAAAGUGGUUGAAUUCAUCAAAAAAUCAAAAAAAUGCGUAGUUUGAAGAUUGCUGAACGUUUCAAGAGUAUUCAAGUUCAUGCUCUUAGUUCUUCAUCUGAAACCAAUGGUGGCGGCAAAACCAAACCUCACAACUUUAGCAGACACAAAACAAUAUUGUCAUGGUCAAAAUCAAAAUUCAGCAACAAUAACAAAACCUCGGAGUUUGCAAAUCUUGUUUCUCUUCAGUUACCUUCCACUGACACCAUUGAACCAACCAUAGAACCUUAUCUUAAACCUGUAAACCUUGUAGAGACUUUAGCAGAACUCUAUCAACGUAUAGAGUUUUGCUCCUCACAGUCUGAGAAAGUUUCCCUUUUUGUGGAGCUUUUUUCUGUUUUGUAUGGUCUUGGAGACCAGAAGCUACUCAGAAGAUGUCUCAGAACGGCGCGGCAGAACGCCGAGGAUGUGAUGUCAAAGGUUGUGCUUUCUGCUUGGUUAAGGUAUGAGAGAAGGGAUGAUGAGCUUGUUGGUGUUUCUUCAAUAGAUUGUGGUGGUUGUAGUGUUCUUGAAUGUCCAAAGAAGAAUUUGGAAAAUGGGUUUAGUCCUUUUUCAAUCAAUGGUCAUUGUCAGUGUAAUGAAGAGAGAAAGAAUGAAACUUUGAAUAAUGAUGAGUGUUUGUGUUUAUCUGAUGAGGAAAGUGAUGUUUUGUUUUGUGUUGGGAAUGAAGAAAUCAAGUGUGUUAGGUGGAGAAUUGCUUCACUUUCAGAACCGCUUAACGCAAUGCUUUGCGGUGGAUUUUUAGAAUCCAGAAUGGGGAAGAUUGAUUUCACAAGAAAUGGGUUAUGCUCAGAAGGUAUGAAAGCAUUAGAAUUUUACAGCAGAACAAAAAGAUUGGAUCUUUUCUGUGUCAAUACUGUUUUAGAGCUUCUAUCAUUUGCCAAUAGGUUUUGUUGUGACAAAAUGAAAUCGUCUUGCGAUUCUCAUUUGGCUUCAAUUGUUGAAAAUGUUGAAGAUGCAUUGAUACUCAUUGAGUAUGGUUUGGAAGAAAAAGCAACUCUUCUUGUUGUUUCUUGCUUACAAAUUUUCCUCAGGGAGCUUCCGAAUUCGCUCCGUAAUUCAAAGGUGGUAAAUUUUCUAUGUAGUUUUGAAUCAAAGGAAAAGCUGGAAAAUUUAGGGUGUGCUACUUUCUUGUUGUACUAUUUUCUCAGCCAUGUGGCAAUGGAAGAAAACAUGGUAUCGAGAACGACGACAAUGUUGCUGGAGAGAAUGAAAGAGUGUGGCACGGAGAGAUGGCAAAAGGGUCUUGCAUUGCAUCAAUUAGGGUGUGUGUUUCUUGAAAGAAGAGAGUAUAAAGAAGCUCAACGUUGUUUCGAUGAAGCAGUUGAAUUAGGCCAUGUUUAUUCUAUAGCCGGUGUGGCGAGAACAAAGCAUAAACAAGGUCAACCGUAUUCGGCUUAUAAGUUAAUCAGUUCUUUGAUAUUUGAGUAUAAACCGGUUGGAUGGAUGUAUCAAGAGAGAGCAUUGUACAAUAUGGGAAGAGAAAAAGGUUUUGAUUUAGAUUUCGCAACUCAACUCGAUCCUUCACUUUCAUUUCCUUAUAAAUAUAGAGCAUUGGAAAAGGUUGAAGAGAAGCAAAUAAAGGAAGGGAUUAUGGAACUUGAUAAGUUUCUUGGAUUUAAGCUUUCACCUGAUUGUUUAGAAUUGAGGGGUUGGUUGUAUAUUGCAUUAGAGGAUUAUGAUAGUGCUAUGAGAGAUAUUAGAGCAUUGUUAACCAUAGAGGCUAAUUACAUAACUUUACAUGGGAGGAUUAGAGGAGAAUGCUUGGUUCAAAUUCUUAAAAGUCGAAUUCAGAAGAAGAAUCAGGCUGAUUGUUGGAUGCAAUUGUAUCAACAAUGGUCUUCAGUUGAUGAUGUCGGUUCUUUGGCUAUUAUUCAUCAGAUGCUAGAGAAUGAGCCUGGAAAGAGUUUGCUCGAGUUUCGUCUUUCUCUACUACUCUUGAGGUUAAACUGUCAAAAGGCUGCAAUGCGCAGUUUGCGGCUGGCGAGAAACCAUUCUAGCUCGGUUCAGGAAAGACUAAUUUAUGAAGGAUGGAUUCUAUACGAUACUGGCUAUCGCGACGAAGCUGUUAAAAAGGCUGACAGAUCCAUUGAAAUUCAGAAAUCAUUUGAAGCUUUUUUCCUUAAAGCAUAUGUGUUAGCAGAUACAAAUCUGGAUCCUGAAUCUUCUUCUUAUGUUAUUCAGCUUCUGAAAGAAGCACUUAAAUGUCCUUCAGACGGACUUCGCAAAGGACAAGCGUUGAAUAACAUGGGGAGUAUUUAUGUGGAUUGUGGUAAAAUAGAACUCGCAAACGAAUGCUACAACAAUGCACUUGCGAUUAGGCACACAAGAGCUCAUCAAGGUCUGGCGCGCGUUUAUCAACAGAAAAAUCAACGGAAGGCUGCGUACGAUGAGAUGACAAUGCUAAUCGAGAAGGCGGAGAGCACUGCCUCGGCGUAUGAGAAACGAUCGGAAUAUUGUGACCGUGAGAUGGCGAUGGCUGAUCUUGAUGUUGCAACAAACCUUGAUCCUUUAAGGACAUACCCUUACAGAUACAGGGCAGCAGUGCUGAUGGAUGAGCAGAAAGAAACAGAAGCCGUAGAAGAACUCACCAAGGCUAUAAAAUUCAAGCCUGACCUUCAAAUGCUUCAUCUGCGAGCCGCGUUUUACGAGUCAAUGGGAGAUCUAUCGUCUGCUCUUAUAGAUUGUAAGGCAGCACUUUGCUUAGAUCCAAACCAUGCAGCAACGAUUGAGUUAUAUCAAAGGAUACAAAAGCUUAACUUUUGAUCUUAAAGAACUUGGUUAGAAAAUUGUUGAUUAUUCCCAAGUGACUAAGUUUUUCCUUAGAUAUUUCACAACUACUAUCUAAGAACAAAACUAGAAUGGGAUGCAUGAAGUCCAUGAAAUGUGGAAACAAAACUCAAGAAUCAAGAAUCAAGACAAAGAUGGAUAAUAGAUAUUUACUUGUGUAUGAUUCAUGUGUAAAUGAGAAUGUUUUCACAAUAGCAAGUAAAUAGUACAUUCAUAUGAUGUGGAUUCUUGUGAACCAUACUCACAGAAUUUGUUUCCCACUAUUUACACACCCUCUUGUACAGUUACAUUACAAGGUUAUAAAGAGAUUCAUACGUCUGGUUUCCUAUAA